AGUGUCGUGCACGGGGUGUCGGGAAGGGUCUCUCCUUCGCGAGACCCGCUGAGUGAGUGUCCUCAGGGCGCUGUGUCACCUCAGGCCGCGGUGUCCCGCGGGGGUGUAUGUGAGGGAGGCGAAGUGCGGCGAGGCCUGGGGCUGUUCCCGCACCGGUUUGCUCAGCUUCAGAAUUUCAGAAUUUGCCUGACCUCGGAUUUGAGUUAGUGAGACUGGCGGGCUGGUGUGGUGCAGACAACCUUGACUUGGGAGAAAUUUCCUGAAUCACCAACCUCCGACCCCUCCCCUUGGUUCCAAUGAAAGUCUCAGAAAUGUUUGGGCAUCCACAACCACUGGGAAACUGGAAGUUAAAAGCAGAAAAAACAUCUUAUUUACUGUACAGCUGUGUGAGUUCUGUGCUACAAAUUGAUGUUUAGAUAAACUUCAGUGAAAUGACUCUUCAAGAAUUGGUGCAUCAGGCUGCCUCUCUUUAUUUGGACAAAGUAGCUGUGUGUUUUGAUGAAUGCAACAACCAGCCUCCACUUUAUUACACCUACAAGACUGUGGUGAAUAUUGCUUCAGAAUUAUCAAAUUUUCUUCUAUUACACUGUGACUUUCAAGGAAUUCGAGAAAUUGGUCUCUACUGCCAGCCUGGGAUAAACUUACCCUCUUGGAUUUUAGGAAUUCUCCAAGUCCCUGCUGCUUAUGCUCCUAUUGAUCCAGAUUCACCACCACCAUUAUCGACUCAUUUUAUGAAAAAAUGUAAUCUAAAGUAUAUCCUUGUUGAAAAAAAGCAAAUUAAUAAAUUCAGAUCUUCCUAUGAAACAUUAUUGAAUGGUGACACAUUUACAGUAGAACAUAAUGACCUAGUACUCUUCACACUUCACUGGAAAAAUGAUGAAAUGAACUUGAUGCUAAGUGAUAGAAAAGAAAAACAUGAAAAAGAAAAAAGAAAAAACGGCCUAAGUUCUGACAACAACAAUGAAGAAAAGGUAGAAGAACACAUGGAUGUGAGGCUAAAGCAUUGCUUAGCCUAUGUUCUACACACAUCAGGGACUACAGGAAUACCAAAGAUUGUCAGAGUGCCUCAUGAAUGUAUAGUACCAAAUAUCCAGCAUUUUCGGAUACUUUUUAACAUCACACAAGAAGAUGUUUUGUUUCUGGCUUCACCUCUGACUUUUGAUCCUUCUGUUGUGGAAAUAUUCCUUGCUCUAUCAAGUGGUGCCUCUCUGCUUAUUGUACCGACUUCUGUCAGAAUGCUCCCAUCAAAAUUAGCUGCUGUUCUCUUUUCCCACCACAGAGUGACUGUUUUGCAGGCAACACCAACAUUGCUUAGAAGAUUUGGAGCGCAGCUUAUCAAAUCAACUGUUUUAUCAGCCAGUACUUCCCUUCGAGUAUUAGCUCUUGGUGGCGAAGCAUUUCCAUCAUUGACUGUUCUCAAAAGCUGGAGAGGAGAAGGCAAUAAAACACAAAUAUUUAAUGUUUAUGGUAUCACUGAAGUGUCCAGUUGGGCGACCUUUUACAGGAUUCCAGAGAAGAUUCUUAACUCUAAUUUGAAAUGUGAAAUGCCUGUACAACUGGGAUUUCCACUGCUUGGAACAGUAGUUGAAGUCAGAGAUACUAAUGGUUUCACAAUUCAAGAAGGCAAUGGCCAAGUAUUUUUAGGUGGCAGAAACAGAGUGUGUUUUCUUGAUGAUGAAGUGAGACUACCACGUGGCACAAUGCGAGCCACAGGAGACUUUGUGACUGUGAAAGAUGGAGAGAUAUUUUUCUUGGGACGAAAGGACAGUCAGAUCAAACGUCAUGGCAAACGUCUUAACAUUGAACUUGUGCAACGGGUUGCUGAAGAACUUCAGUACGUGGAGUCUUGUGCAGUUACAUGGUAUAAUCAGGAAAAAUUAAUUCUCUUCAUGGUGUCCAAAGAUAAUUUAGUAAAGGAUUACAUCUUCCAAGAACUACAGAGACAUCUUCCAAGUCAUGCAAUCCCAGAUGAACUUGUUUUGAUUGAUGUUCUACCAUUUACUUCUCAUGGAAAGAUUGAUGUUUCUGAGUUAAACAAGAUAUAUUUAAACUACAUAAACGUGAAGUCUGAGUGUAAGCUCAAUGGAAAAGAGGAACUUUGGGAAAAAUUACAGUAUUUGUGGAAGUCUAUUCUGAGUCUCUCAGAAGAUCUUUCGAAGGUUCCUGAUGAAUCACUCUUCUUAAAUAGUGGUGGCGAUUCCUUAAAAUCCAUACGACUCCUCAAUGAGAUUGAAAAACUUACUGGUACAUCAGUACCCGGGCUUCUGGAAAUGAUUCUCAGCAGUUCCAUUUUAGAGAUUUACAAUCACAUCCUUCACACGCUGUUUCCAGAUGAAGACCUGACAUUCAGCAAGAGUUGUGCCACAAAAAGGAAACUCAGCGACAUCAACCAAGAGGAAGCUGGUGGAAAAUCUUUACAUCAGAAAUCUGCCAUGAGUUUAAAUUGCAAUAGUGAGAUUAAGGCUUUUGUUGCACUCAGCAGAGGGAGUCAGAUUUUGUCUCUGAAUACUACUAUGUCUUUAACUAAGUUAGGGCACUUCCCUUCAGUCUGUUCUUCUGACUUAAUGUCACAGACUGACAUUCAAAGUUUGAAAAGCUUAAGUCCUCCAGCUCUUACUGGGAAGUCAGAAAAUCCAUCCUUUGUUGCAAUAGUUCCUAAAGAGGGAAAACCUGUGAUAGAGGCAGAGAAAAUGGAGUUACGUGUGAGGUGGAGGUCAGACACGGGCAAAUGUGUAGACGCUUCACCACUAGUUGUAAUACCAGCUUUUGAUAAGUCAUCUGCAACUGUGUACAUUGGCUCCCAUUCUCACAGAAUGAAGGCCAUUGACCUUUACUCGGGGAAGGUGAAAUGGGAACAGAUUUUGGGAGAUCGAAUUGAAUCCUCAGCAUGUGUAUCUAAGUGUGGAAAUUUUAUUAUAGUGGGCUGUUAUGAUGGAUUAGUAUAUGUUCUGAAAAGUAGUACUGGAGAAAAAUACUGGAUAUUUACUACUGAGGAUGCUGUCAAAAGCUCAGCAACCAUGGAUCCAACCACAGGGCUCCUGUACAUUGGAUCUCAUGACCAGCAUGCUUAUGCUUUAGAUAUUUAUAAAAAGAAGUGUGUUUGGAAGUUGAAAUGUGGAGGAACUGUCUUUUCUUCUCCUUGUUUGAGCCUGAUUCCACAUCAUGUGUACUUUGCUACAUUGGGAGGACUUUUACUGGCCAUAAAUCCUGCUAGUGGGAACAGAAUUUGGAAACAUUCCUGUGGAAAACCACUCUUCUCUUCUCCACAAUGUUGCCUACGAUAUGUUUGUAUUGGCUGUGUAGAUGGGAAUUUCCUCUGCUUUACUCACUUGGGAGAACAGGUUUGGCAGUUCUCUACCAGUGGACCAAUCUUUUCAUCCCCAUGUACCUCACCAUCAGAGCAAGAUGUAUUUUUUGGUUCCCAUGAUUGCUUUAUCUACUCUUGUAACAUGGAAGGUCACCUCCGAUGGAAAUUUGAAACUACUUCAAGAGUGUAUGCAACACCGUUUGUUUUCCAUAACCAGAGUCAUAGCAAUGACAGGUUGCUGGCAGCAGCAUCUACAGAUGGCAAACUGUGGAUCGUGGAUUCUCAGACUGGACAACUACAAAGUGUAUAUGAACUUCCUGGAGAAGUCUUUUCGUCUCCUGUGGUCUGGGAAUCAAUGCUCAUUAUUGGGUGUAGGAAUAAUUAUGUUUAUUGUCUGGAUUUAUUGGGUGGCAAUAAAAAAUAAUCAGGGACAGUCCUUAUUAAUGUGUA